CCCGUCGGCAAGGAAGCGAUUUGCUUUCGUGAAGCUGGAGGAGUGAAGCAGUGAAGAAAAGUACCCACGGGACCGGGAGCCACGGGUACGAAGAUGGGCAAGAAGUCGAAAACAACACCGGAACUUGGCGAAGCCAGGUCCGCUCAAGUGGUUCGAUCGUGUGAUUCUGCGGCUCUUCGACAUUAUCUCGGAGCGAGCAAGUCCCGGCGACGAGCCGUAUGUCCGGGCUGGAGACCGGACCUCGUUCGGGGUUCUUGUGGGGGAAAGCGGUGGGGACUGGUGGCAGGCAGGCCGGACGGCGUGGACGGAAGUGGUCAAAAGUGGGCCAGGACCGCCGCCGGAAUCGAGGACAAACCUCACUGGCCCGAGAGUGGGUGAAGCUUAGCCUGGCAAGCGACGUGGACGAAUCCCGUCAAACUCCUUGGUUUUUGCCUCUUUCGUGUGGAGAUAGUAACAGAAAAGCAUGUACACAGUGGUACGUACAAAAUUUGGGAACUGUUUUGCCCAACAAAAAAAAAAGAAUUAUCUCUGUUCCGAGAUUUCCCAACAGAAUGUCUCGUCGCGCGGCGCGAGGGCGCGCAAGCACCAAUCUGGCCAUCGCAUUAGGGCAUGAACCAAAUGUAACCCCCACUCCGACCUGCAUGAAACCCCGCCCGAUGUGUGAAUCUGCAACCGAGGAGGGCCCCUUGGCCCUUGCACCCAAACCUGGGAGCGGGUGGCUUGGAGGACCCUGGUGUGGGAAAAGAACACCAUGUGAAGAUGAGUUGUCGAGGACGUCUCCAGGGAUAGAUGAUGGCAAAGAGCAGAGCCAGACACGUCCAGACUCUCAGACUUGGGAAAAUAAAGAGAGCCGUUUUGGCAGGGGCAAUGAUUGAAGCGCACGUCCGGGUACGAUGAAACAGCCCUGUGCAAGUGAAGUGGCUGAAGAUGG